UGCCUUCCACCCCCAGUCCAGCCGGUGUGUAUUUGGAUACAAAGUCAGCCUAGGAGUUGACAGCCCGGUCCAUGGAAUAGAUCGCCUUUCUCACAGGGAAAGGAAACAGGGGAAGAAACUAUUCGAUUCAGAUGAACGACAGACCAACUAACUGACCCAUCUGAGAGCACGAUUACAAGAGCAUCCUUCAGAGGAAUUCGAUGACACAACAAAUGGGGAAUAUUUCAGCGUUAUGAUACGCCCAUGCGACGAGCUGUGUGGAUGUUGUGAUGAACGGUGAAUGAUCCAGGCAACCGCAAACACAUCCGAAUUCAGAAAACCGGCAUGGAUAGGCUACUUUAACACUGAUCUCUGGAUUAAAAUAGAAAUAUUGCUGCAGAAUCUAGAAAGGAAUUAGAGAAACCAAGCAAGCAGUGUCCAUGGCCUUCAGUGAUUCUUCAGAGGGAAAAGCCCAAUGCUGCAUCAAGUAACCAAAAAGAUACGAUUAUCACACCUUGAUGGACUGGAUAUUCUCACCUAAUCUUAAGGACUUUGGUUUCUCUAGCAAAACUAUUUUUCAGUGUCAUAAUUUAUAAAUCUAUAUAACAGCGGAGCAUCAUCAUAUGAGAGCUGUUUGCAUACACUGACUGACUAAAAUGGCUCUAUAAAUGUUAAGACACACACAAAGUGUGCUGUGGACAGUCCAAACAAUCGGUGAGGACAGUGCAGGGGCAGCCCAGCAAAAGCUUUACUUAUUGAUUUUGUUAAUCAUCAAGAAGGCCUGCACUCAGUAGAUGGACUCUGCAUGGAUAUUGUGUGCAAGUUGACAGAGGGCCUCCUCCAGCUUUUGAGACCACAUCGCUGACCUGAACACUCAGUGAUGGACCCAUAUACAAGACUGAGUGGAGUAGGAGCUGGAGGUGGUGGCAGUGCUGCUCCGCUACCUUGCAAAAGUAGGGUAGGUUCCUGUGGCCCCCGAGUUCCCCCUGCCCUCCCAGCAAAUGCAAACUCAAUACCCUGCUUGACACACAACAGCAGCAGCCAGAAUUCCUCUACUUUUCCCUCUUCAGCGGACUCUCCAGAUUCCCAUCUUCCUCAUCAUCAUGAAGGCAGUAACACAUACUGGACAGCUGUCUUUGAUUAUGAGGCCACAGCGGACGAGGAGUUGACCUUGCGACGUGGCGACCUGCUGGAGGUGCUCUCCAAGGACUCAAAAGUGUCUGGAGAUGAGGGCUGGUGGACUGGCAAGAUCCAGGACAAGGUGGGCAUAUUCCCAAGUAAUUAUGUGACCCGACGGGACACCAGCUAUCCAGCCUUGCCUCCGGGAGGUCUGGUCGGUGGGGAGUCGCCACUGGAAAUUGAUUUCUCAGAGUUGUGCUUGGAGGAGGUGAUUGGGGCUGGAGGCUUUGGAAAGGUGUAUAAGGGUUUGUGGCGAGGUGAGGAAGUAGCUGUAAAAGCAGCUCGUCAGGACCCAGAUGAGGACAUCAGUGCUACAGCAGAGAAUGUGAGGCAGGAGGCCCGACUCUUCUGGAUGCUCCGACACCGCAACAUCAUUGCCCUCCGAGGUGUUUGUUUGCGGGAGCCAAAUCUUUGCCUGGUUAUGGAAUAUGCCCGUGGUGGGGGACUUAACCGGGCACUUGCUGGGAAGAAGGUGCCUCCUCGGGUACUGGUGAAUUGGGCAGUGCAGAUUGCGACGGGAAUGGACUACUUGCACAACCAGACCUUUGUACCAAUCAUCCAUCGAGACCUCAAAUCAAGCAACAUUCUGAUUCUGGAGCCUGUGGAGAGAGACGACCUGAGCGGGAAGACUCUGAAGAUCACAGACUUUGGGCUUGCUCGGGAAUGGCAUCGCACCACGAAGAUGAGCGCAGCGGGCACGUAUGCCUGGAUGGCUCCAGAGGUCAUCAAGCUGUCCCUGUUCUCCAAAAGCAGCGAUGUGUGGAGUUUUGGAGUGUUACUCUGGGAGCUGCUGACUGGUGAGGUACCAUACCGUGAAAUCGAUGCUUUGGCUGUGGCCUAUGGAGUUGCCAUGAACAAGUUGACACUUCCCAUCCCCUCCACCUGCCCUGAGGCCUUUGCACAGCUGCUGGGAGAGUGUUGGUGUCCUAACCCACAUGGGCGUCCUUCAUUUGGAAGUAUCUUGAAAAGGCUGGUGGACAUUGAGCAAUCUGCCAUGUUUCAGAUGCCGCUCGAGUCUUUCCAUUCCCUGCAGGAAGACUGGAGGCUGGAGAUCCAACAGAUGUUUGAUGAAUUGAGAGCAAAAGAGAAGGAGUUGCGAUCCUGGGAGGAAGCUCUGGCGCGGGCAGCUGAGGAGCAGAGGGAGCAAGAGGAGCACCUGAGGAGGCGUGAGCAGGAGUUAGCCGAGAGAGAGAUCGACAUCGUGGAGAGAGAGCUCAACAUCAUCAUCCAUCAGAUGUAUCAAGAGAAACCACACGUGAAAAAACGCAAAGGCCACUUCAAAAAGAGCAGACUGCUCAAACUUGGCAGAGACAGCAACUCCAUUAGUCUGCCAUCUGGUUUUGAACAUAAGAUCACGGUGCAAGCAUCGCCCAGCGUGGACAAGAGGAAAGGUCAGGGCAGUGAAAGCACCACUCCUCCAGCCAGCCCAGGGGUCAUUCCUCGCCUCAGAGCCAUUCGCCUGACACCCAGUGAUGGAAGGAAGACGUGGGGCCGGACUGCAGUGUGUAAGAAAGAAGACCUAGGGACCAAGAAGAAGGGCCGAACAUGGGGCCCCAGCUCCACACAUCAGCGUGAGAGAGUCGGUGGAGAGGACAGGUUAAAAUCACUUGGGGAAGGUAAGGUGUGGUCCUCCAGUGCUCCAAAUCUGGGGAAGUCCCCAAAACAUGCUCCUAUGACAGCUGGAUUCUCAAGCCUAAAUGAAAUGGAGGAGCACUGUGAGUUUGAUGACAGCUCCCCAGGACGCCUGGCUCCUGAGCUGGGCAGUAAUGGAGCGAUGGAGGAGGUGGGUUUAGGGCAGGGAAUAGGCUCACAGGAUUCAGUUCGGCGCUGCAGCCAAAGGAAGAAGAGUGACCUGCUGCUGCUGGGCUGUGCCUCCAUACUGGCCGCUGUGGGCCUGGGCUCUGACAUAUUCCAGCUGGGACGACAGCAGAUGAGUCAAGAUGAGCAGGACCUGAGAGAGGAGCAGAGGAAGAAGAAGGAGGGAUUGUUUCAGCGCACAGGACGAUUCAGACGCAGCACCUCUCCACCCAGCCGCACACUGUCUCUCUCCCUGUCCCACAACCGCCAUCACGACUCCACCCUGCCCUGCAUGGACCCGUCUCCUUCCGUCACCCUCCUCUCUUUGUCCUCCCUCUCUGACUGCAACUCCACCAAGUCCCUGUUGCCCUCUGAUUCUGAUGACUUUGCCUCGACCCCUAGUAGUGCUCACCCGGUGGUCUCUCCCGCGCUGUCUUUAAACCCUCUGCUGGACCUGAGGGCGGAGAGCUUCAAACGAGAGCCCAAUCAGUCCCUCACACCCACCCAUGUCUCUGCAGCUAUGGCGGUAAACCGCGGGCACCGUCGCACGCCCUCUGAUGGGGCCAUCCGUCCUCGAGCGCAGACGGUCGUGGGACAUCGGCGCACCCCCUCUGAUGGGAGUAUGCCCUUCCCACCCGAACAAGCCCCAACCAUUACACCAUAUACAGGUUCUCGUGAAACUCUUGACAUUCCACGCCUGCCUGACCCAUCCGUGGUUUAUCCCUCAGGCCAUCGGCGCAAACCUCCUCCUCCCAUCCCCAUCCCCAAGCCAGAGCCAGACAGCCUUACAGGCACACUCGAGCGUCCCAAAACCCUUGAGUUUGCUCCUCGCCCCAGACCCACCCCGGCUCGGGCACGUCCGGACCCCUGGAAACUAUCAUCUCUGUCCCAGACACUCAGUUCGUCUCCAGGUAGCAGCUGCGACAGUCCGCUGGGCUCGGGUGACAGCGGAGUGAGCGCUGGAGCGGGUGUCGUCCAUCAAAGCCUUCUCGACAUGGACAUGGAAGGCCAGAGUAAGGACAACACCGUCCCCCUGUGCGGAAAACACCCCCAGGCCACUCUAUGCGGACAACAUUUCUCGUAGAAAGACUUCUGUCACCGACCGGGCUCAUUCACCCUGAACCAGCACUCUGUGGCCGUCAUAAGAGUUUUCCCCACAGUUUGCCACAUGAUCCAUCAGACCAUAUCCUCUGGCAGCUCUAAUGGAAAAGCUGCUCUCUGCAGUAGCUAGACAGCCACCUUCUGGACAGGUUAAAAGAUAAAUGACCUUGAUUUGUUUAUCCCAGCCUGUCCUCAAUGACUCUUUCAGUGAGUUUAAUGGGCCUCAUCACGGUUGCGAUCGGUUGGUUAAACAGUGGCCUGUAGUGAGCAGGAGUGGCCAGUUUACCUACUGUAGGUCUGUGACCUUCCUUGUUUGUCCGUAUCUCUGUUAUCAUUGGGCCAGUCUCUUGCCUCUUCUUCUUCAUCAUGGUCUCCGUGGGUACAACCUGUUUUUUGGUCUGGGAAAAAAAAUAGAGUUUUUUUGGCCCCCUCCAGUGUGUGCAUUAUAAAGUUCAGCGAUGCUUUCUGUAUUUAAAGGGGGGGUGAAAUGCUCGUUUUCACUCAAUAUCCUGUUAAUCUUGAGUACCUAUAGAGUAGUACUGCAUCCUUCAUAACUCCAAAAAGUCUUUAGUUUUAUUAUAUUUUUCCCCGAUUUUUCCCGGAAAAACACGAGCGCCUGGAGGCGUGACGUGUGGGCGGAGCUAAAGAAUCACGAGCGCGAGUAGGCUUUUGCGUUGAGAGCGUUUGGAAGCUGUGACAGCUGUGAAGGCUGAAACUGAACGAGAGCAGCAGCAGCAACGACUCGCUCCGAGCGGGGCUCGAACCCGGGUCUCCGAUGGAAGCGGACGCACUAACAAGGAGGCAGAGAUAUUUGAAGCAGUUUUACUCACCGCCUGUGGUUCCAACACACAAUCGUGACCCUUUUUCGUUGGGACUGCAUCAUCCUUAAGAAAUAAACGAUAAGCAAAUCCGUCGUCAAACUGGGCUUUGUUUGUAAAACAAGCAUUUUAGAAAUGCAGGGAACAAACACAAACACUUGCACAACUCCGUUGAUGCUCUGUAAAAAUAAACUCCAUCCACUGGUCCCUUAAUGCUGUUUUUUCUUUGGUAAUCUGUGCAGGGUUGUCUUGCCCUGGCAACCAAAAACACACUCCUUUUGUGACAUUUCGCGACGCUCUCGUUCUGAUCAGUGAAGUCUGUUGUGCUCUCAGUGCUCUGCUAUACGGGAGCGCGCGCUCUUCCGGCAGACGUGCUCUUAGGACCCAUAUAAGGAAAUUCCGCUCCAUCUAACGUCACACAGAGCCAUACUCGAAAAAAAGUUUCCGAAACUUGUGACAAACCGGAAGUAGUAUUUUUGGAACAGAAAUACUCCUUCAAACGUACAACUUAAUUUUUGAAACUUUGUCCAUGUUUAGCAUGGGAAUCCAACUCUUUAACAGUGUAAAAAACUCAGUAUGCAUGAAAUAGCAUUUCACCCCCCCUUUAAAUUCAGGAGAAUUGUGUGUGCAGUUAAUUGCAAUGACACAGGGAGCUCUUCUCUGAGUUGCAUUCAUUGUAAUAUAUUGAUACAAUAUAAAAAUAGGUGUACCACAAGAAAUUUAUAUUUUUCUUUUUUUGACAAAAAAACAAAAACAAAAAAAAACUAACAGCCUACUGUACAUCUCAAAGGACUCUCUGCAUGACCUAAUCAGAAUGUGAGAGCAGUCCAAACUUGAAAAGAGAUAUGAGCAGAUGCUUACUCUCCAUGUGUGGAAGUACUUAGCACUUUCCAAGAAUAGGGUACACUUUUUUUUUUUAAGCCUUAGAGGCAUAAAUCUCAUCUUUUUGGUUAUGAAAGCACUGAAAAAUCUCACAUUUUUGUAUUCCCCUUAAAAUGGCCCACCUCAGAAGCCUUAAACUUUACUGAUGUAUUCAACAAAUAUAAUGCUAAAUUAUAUGUAUACACAUUAUACAUAUAAUACAUAAACUGAUAUUCAGUUCAUUCAUAUAUUUUAAUGACAGCAAAAGUUUACCUGUCUCACAUUUUGUGUACAACCCUGCAUAGUGUAAUAAACUUGAGCAAAAAAUGUAAUUGCAUGUUCUCAAAUUAAAUAUGACCAGCUCAGCUUUCAACUGUAUUAAAGAAAAAUAUAUAUAUUAUGUUUAUUGCAAGAAAAGCUGAAUUUUGAGAAGUCAUUACAUUAUAAGUCUUCAGCGUCGCAUGAUCCUCCGGUGCUCAAGAAACAUUUCUUGUUACUAUCCAUGUUAAAAACGGUUGUGUUGCUUAAUAUUUCAAAAAAAAAUUUUUUACAAUGUAAAAGUAUUUACUGUCCCUUUUGAUCAGCUUAAGUACUGGCCCAAACUUUUGCACUGGAAUGUGUAUGUCCCAAAUUUUAGUAGCAUGGUUGCAAAUCUUACAGGAAAUGAAUAAAAAACUUACUGUAAUAAUUAGUUUGACCCCCUGCGCUCAACAUUAUUUGAAGGUUAAGCUUUUGUACCCUAUUCGUGGAAAGUGCUUGUUACUGUGGAUGUCCAUCUGACUAAAACUGGAUGAGUAAGCCCCUAUUCCACUCAUUCUGUUUAAGAGUGUUUCAAGAGGAGACAUUUACUUCCCCCUUUCCUCAUAAACUCAUCUAAAAAAGCCUCUGUUCUCCUCAAAACAAUGUCAACUCCUGUAAGUACCAUCUUGAGAGGAUAAAGACAGAUAUGGGAAAAUUAGGGUUUUUGUAACAAUUGGCAAUAAAAAGCAAAUAUGUGUACUACAUGUUUUUUUUUAUGUACCAGACAAGACACUUCCUUACCUCCUUAAAGUGACGUUCUUCCUCCACCUACUGAACAAUUCAACUGAAGGGGAAGGAACAGUAUGUAUGCACCAGAUCUGACCGUGCGUCACCACAGAGAGCAUUGUGAAGGACACAGUCAUGUCAGAGACAUGUGAUGAAAUCAUUAAUGACGUCACACUUGUGCAAGAAAUACAGGAUGUUCUUUUGGUGGACUGAAUGGUGCUGAGAGAUGCACACUGGAGGGUUUUAAAUCCGUUGUGCUGAACCGUUAAACCUGGUAGUAGACAGUAUUUUUUUUGACUGUCCACCAAUGAGUAUGCCUGUUAUGUGAGUGUGUGUGAGUGGACGGGUGUGUGUGCAUGUGGUUUGUGUUCUUAUUGUUAUCAUUUGUACGGGGUAACUCUCUGUGCAGGGGUUGAACAAACCCACCCCCUUAUUUCCUGUGUGAGGAACACUAAGAGUAUUUAUUAAAAUAAUUGUUACAAGCAA